AGAAGAUGGCGAGCUUAGCGUCAGGUCCCGACGGAGGAAAACGCCGCGUGAGCUACUUCUACGAGCCAAAGAUCGGCGACUACUACUGUGGCGUCAACCAGCCAACGAAACCUCAACGGAUCCGUGUCACUCACAACCUCGUCCUCAGCUAUAACCUCCACCGCUACAUGGAAAUCAACCGCCCAGACCUUGCCGCUGCUUCCGAUUUCGAGAAAUACCACUCGCCGGAAUAUGUCGAGUUCCUUAAAUCCGUCACGCCGGAAACCUUAGACGAUCCUUCCGUCUCUCAAAACCUCAAGCGCUUCAACGUCGAUGUUGAUUGGGAUGGUCCUGUCUUCCAUAACCUCUUCGAUUACUGCCGCGCUUACGCUGGUGGUUCUAUUAGCGCCGCCGCGAAACUGAACCGUCAGGAAGCUGAUAUCGCCAUCAACUGGGCCGGUGGGAUGCACCAUGCGAAGAAAGAUAAGGCUUCUGGCUUUGCCUAUGUCAAUGAUGUUGUUCUUGGGAUUCUCGAGUUGCUCAAGGCUUUCAAGAGAGUUCUGUACAUAGAUAUUGGCUUUGGUCAUGGGGAUGGAGUGGAAGAAGCAUUUAAGGACACUGAUAGAGUUAUGACUGUUUCUUUCCACAAAACUGGGGACACCGGAGACAUAUGUGACUUUGGGGAAGGGAAAGGACAAUACUUUUCUCUGAAUGCGCCACUAAAGGAUGGUUUGGAUGAUUUCAGUCUUCGUAGUUUGUUCGUACCUGUUAUCCACAGGGCUAUGGAAAUCUAUCAGCCAGAAGUAAUUGUUUUUCAGAGUGGUACUGAUUCAUUAGUUGGUGAUCCGUUGUGUACAUUCAACUUGUCUAUCAAGGGUCAUGGUGAUUGCCUACAGUACGUGAGAUCUUUGAAUGUUCCUCUCUUGGUCUUGGGUGGUGGAGGUUCUACUAUUCCAAAUGUUGCCCGUUGCUGGUGCUAUGAGACAGCUAUUGCGGUUGGAGAACAGCUUGACAAUGAUAUCCCAGCCAAUGAGUACAUGAAGUAUUACCGUCCAGAUUACAAGCUUCACAUAUUGCCAACCAACAGGCAGAAUUUAAACACACCAGGAGAUAUUAUGACAAUGAGGGACAAAUUACUAGCGCAACUUUCACAAGUGAUGCACGCACCUAGUGUACAGUUUCAUGACACUCCAUCAUCAAGCAGUCAAGCCACUGAAGCGGCUGAAGUAGACAUGGAGAAGAGACAGAAUCCACUCAUUUUGAGUGGCAAUCCAUGUUAUGAAUCAGAUUGUAACGAGGAUUAGCAGCAUUUUCUGGUAAAGUGUCACAGGGGGAGGAUUCUUCAUAUUCGAAUUUCACCCUUUUUUU